GGGAGCGUUCUUCUCCGGCAUGGCUUCUUCUCUCGGGCUGUGUGCGAGGCGCGCUGCGAGUGGCGUCAGAUUCCAAGUGCCGCUGAACGUUCGACGUCUCGGCCACGAUUCUCCAACGUGGUGGUCGUGAAGGAAGAGAUCAAGUCUAUUCGGGGGUCCGUGCCGCUCGGUCCGCAGAGGUGUUGCACCAUGACGAACGUCACUGAAGUGCUGCUGGUCCUCGUCGAGUUCGUUGUACUGAUGGUUCAGUGCUUGUGGAUCGCGGUUCUGGAGGCGGUUCGUUGGCCCGUGCCAACGAAAUCUUUGGCCGGGAAGGUCGUUUUGAUCACCGGUUCGGGACACGGAGUGGGCAGGGAACUGGCGCUGCGCUUCGCCAGGCUGGGCGCCAAGCUUCUGCUUGUCGACAUCCACAAGGAGAACAACGAGGCCGUGGCGUACGAAGUGAAGCAGGAGAGCGGCUCGGCGGUGUCGUACCAGUGCGACGUGUCCGACGAGGCCCAGGUGCGUCUUCUGGCACGCAAGGUGGCCCAGGACGUGGGGCCCGUGGCCGUGCUCGUCAACAACGCCGCCGUCACCAACUGCCAGCCCGUGCUCACGCUGCAGCCGGACCAGAUACGUAGGACGCUCGACGUCAACCUCCUCUCCCACUUCUGGAUGAUCCAGGAGUUCCUGCCAGGGAUGCUGGCCCAGAAGGAAGGACACAUCGUGGCCGUCUCAUCCAUCGCCGGCUUCAUCGGCACCGGCUACCUCACGGACUACUGUGCGUCCAAGUUCGCAGUACGGGGCUUGAUGCACGCCUUGGAAGAAGAGCUGUUCCAACUCGGCCUCUUGGACAAGAUCAAGCUGACCACGGUCUACCCGGUGGCCAUCAACACUGGCAUGUUCAAGGAACCCAAAUCCAGGUUCCCCUUCCUUGCGCCCAUCCUGGAGACGAAGGACGUGGCUCAAAAGACGCUGGAGGCCGUGCUCAGGGAGGACAAGGAAGUGGUCAUUCCUCAUCAUCUCAUGCUCAUGCACAGGUUCAUGUUUUUGUUCCCGCCAAAGGCGAUGAAGCUGAUGCAACGGUUCAUGGGCUGCACGGUCGAACCCCAUCGACUCACUGGAAAGUCGGCCCAUUCCUUCUCCUGAACCGCUUGCAGCCAUCGAGUCCGCGGUGCUGCUUCAAGGAGAGCGAAGAAUGAUCUUCACACGUGUACGGAGGCUGCCGGCACCAAAACAGAGUUUAUGUACAUAUAUAGAUAUAUACAUAGUAUAUACAUAUAUAUAUGAAGAGAGAAAGCAUCCGAUAUGCGCCAGUGACUUAGAAAGAUAGCCCCAAUUCAUCGUGAAUUGCUUUCAUAUAGACCUUUUUCAUUUUUAGUCUUCGAGGCUUCCAGAAACAGCGGUAUAUUUGUGCCUCGCUGUCGUUGCCAUGACGCGCAGACUUGAUUUGGAAGAAAGAACGCAAGAGAAAAACAACGAAAUAGGGAUUCGGUCCUUUCACUUUCUACCGCGGGCUAUAGGAAAAGUCAUAGGCCACGGAUCUGCCAUCAUGUUUGAGUCUUUCAGCUUGGGGGGGUGAUAAUCCGCUUGCCAGGGGAAUGACAGCGACCCACGACGUUCAACUGAGCGUCUUGUAUUACUCGAGCCGGGUGGUUCUUGCAGGGGUUCCACAGCGAGUUCCGGCAUGCAGUUCGCGUCGCACCAGAAGGCUCUCCGGGUUGCAUAUAUAGCUAUAGUUUUUGAUAAGGCGAGAACGGCAGGGAGGUGAUGUCCCGAUAUCUUCGACAACGCUUCAAAGCCUCGUGCACGUCGAGCGCGCGCGCGCAGCCAAAGCCCGGAGGGAAGUGCGUGCUGGAGGCCGUCCUCGUUCUGUCAGAACUGCUGCACGUUUAAAAGGCCUUCAAGCUUAAAAUUAUCUAAAUCUGCGCUAGAUGGCAGGCAGAAAUAAAUGAGACAUUCAAGCCGAGUUCUCGGUGAAAACAUCUGGCCUUUGCCCAACAAGAUGUCGAUAUGUAUAUUUAGCUGCUUCCCUUUGGGGAUCAGAUAUGGCCACAUGGCAGACGCGGCGGAAUCUGAAAUGGAGAUGUUUUGGUGGUACCCAAACGUUAUCUGGGUGCUGUCACGUCCUAGACGCUGGGGCGUCUGUCUGAUGGUGACCAGAGCCCGAUUCGUCCCAGUCAAAACCGGGGUUGGUCUUCGAGCUUAGUGAUGACUUGGCUGUGCUCUCACCACAGUCACGCUUAUUAUAGGUCAUUAAGGAAGGUUUUGUCCUUCCUACAGGGGCAUCGUAGUGUCACGUAUCACGCUUAGCUCUAACAGAGGGCGUUGGCAGUUGGGGUUACACGGUUCGCUGAAACAAGAGCGACUUCAGUAGCCAUUUUUAACGCUUAUUAUUCGUGACCAAACUGAGGCCAUAUUUUAUUAAUACCGAGAGGGUAUCACUAUCGGUCGUUUCAAAAGUACUAUUGCACUUUCGCAUUGUCUUGUACACGCUAACACCUAUCGGUGAUCUAUCAUUCCUGAUUCUGUUGGGGAAACAAUGAGUCUCACGUUCCAAGUUCGCAACCGGACACGAUGAAAGUGUUCUACUGCUGUUUAUAAAUAGUGUCUAUUGCGAUGGCAUACCUUGUUACGUGCAUACAAGAUUUUAUGUUACACGGUCUAUGGUAGCGUAUUGUGGUUCAUGACAUAUGUGCCAUUCCUUAUUACCACAGCGAGAGGACCACGUUGUCGUUUCAGAGUGAGAAACGUACGUUCAUCAUUACUGAUUUCACAAAGAGCAAUAUGACAACUGCGUAUCUUGAACAAGGAUAUCUUUUGGUGUCAGAAAACAAAUUGAACUGUCUGAAAUACCCACAGUGAGAUUCAAACCGAUUUUCGAGAAAGGCAACUCAACAUUCAAGUUCUGACUUGAGGCCGCAAAAUAUAUUGCAAUAACUAUUCAGUACGUGUUCAGAUGUCUUAUCUUCACAAGGCAUCUUUCAAAGUGUGUUUAAGUAACGCGUACGAGUAACCUCACAGAACUAUGCAAUUUUAGCGGUGUUCCAAGGCGUUGCUUCAUAUUGUACAUAGAUAUUUUUAUACGAUUACCACCAAAGGCUACAAGGUUAAGGAGAAAGGAUUUCUCAACCCAACAAAAACUGAAUAUAAGUCCUUAGUAUAGUCCUACACUUCAGGCUAUGAACGAAAUUGGAAUACAGAAGUAAUGGGGCGUAUUUUCUAUGCAUCAUGUUUUAUUGGAGUUAAAUAUAUGUGCGCUCAUUUGCCGGUAUUCGUUACUUCAUAAAUUUACACACAACAAAAAGAAAAGAAAAAGUUGUUCCUGUUUCUUUCUCAACGGGAGCAGGUGUACUGUUACGGCAUGCAUCUUUGACGAUUAAAGUAUAUGAUUAAAGCACUUCGAAACAUUCAAA